UGGCUACUUUUAUUAUAUAUUGGUGAGUGGUUGUAUGGGAGCGUGGUGAGGGAGCGGUGCCGGGCUGGGUGGCUGGUGCGGUAGUGUACACACGGCCGUCACGGGGGCAGAGAUGGAGCACCCACGCCUCGCUACUGACGUGUUUAUGUCGGAGCUAACUCUGAUGUUUCACAAUGCGCGCACAAAGGGAGAAGUGACGGUAACAAUAAAGAGAUAUGAUGGUCGCACUCGUCCACAUCCUAAACCUAGAAAACUCAAGAAUGGGAAGAUGUCCAUAGUAGAACCUUUGCCAGAGCCUGAUGAAUAUAGCUGUUUAUUGCGAGCAAAGACCAACGAUAAGAAGAUUAGUACAGUGGUUUCGGCACUGGAUGCUCUGAAAUUCCAACUGCAGUUUGCACAAUUCCUCCGUUCCAACAUGGAUGGCCUUAAGAAAGAAAAGAAGGCUAAGAAAAAAGGCAAGAAAGCUACUCAAUAAAUUCAAAGCUGGAGACUAAUAUCAUACAUGAAAAUGCGUAAAAAUGAAAAAUUGUCUAGCCAUAUAGGCUUUCAGAGAAAAUCCGCAUUGCCAAAAAGAGCUUGGGUUGGUCAUGGGAGCAUACCUUUUGUCUUAGGUUGUGGAAUGUCUUUGAUAAGGGUACCAAUAUUUUGGUGACUGUGAUAUAUGUAAUAAGUGGAUUUAUGAUCCUAGCAAGCAUUUGUAAUGUACAGACUUCUGUAUGAGGUUUUCACAAUCUUGUGCAUUGUCGUCAAUUGAUAUAAAGAGAGUUAGGACUUUGUUCUAACUAAUGAUGGCAUACAGAGUUGGUACGUGGCACUGAAGCCUUUUUUUUUUUUUUUUUUUUUUUUUUUUUUUUUUUU